AUGGCGCCCCUGGUCCAAGGGAUUGCGAGUUUGACACUCGCAGCGUCCGUUUCCUACGGUGCUUUCCGAUUCUUCAAGCUCUGGCAACGCCUACGCUAUUAUGAACGGCUCAACAAUCGACUUUCAACCGAACUGCGCGCCGCCAAGCAAGAGAUAUCCGACAGGGAUACGCGGCUCAAGACCCGAGACGAGACGAUCGCGUCCCUGCAGGACGAUCUCGAAAAGUCGAAAACGCACAUCACCAACCUCGCGUACACGCUCCAGUCAUCCGAGCGGACGAAUAGGGAGUUGGCGCAGAGGGCGCAGGAGCUGGAGGGGGAGGUGCAGAGGCUGGACGGAGAGCUUGGGAAGUUGAAGCGGGAGCACGGGGAAGCGCAGAGGCUGCUCGACGUCAGGGCUCAGGAGCUAGCGGGAGCCCAGGCUUUCUUGACAAAGGCGGACUCGCUUUCCGGGGGGGACGUCAUCAGCAUGAUCGAGACGCUGAAUGCGGAGAUUAUGCAGCUUUCGGCUCAUAUGGCUGAAUCGUUCUCACCCAUGUUCGCGAUCUCCGACGAGGAGCGGUCUGUUUCGCCACUCUCCGCGGGAAGUGGCACCGCCUUGCUGGAGGAGGCUGCGGUUGUUAAAUCUUCGGGAGACGACGAUGCUUCGUUCCCUCGUACGGAGUCUCCGCAAGAGUUUAUGGAUUCCGAGGUACAGGCGAAGGAUGCGAUGGCGCAGGCGCUUGAGGUGUUUGGGCCUACCAUGGUCGAGCUCCUUCAGCGCACGGAUCACGCUCAAGACCCGGUUCUACUGCAGUUCGCGUUCCAGGCUGGCUUGAGCGCGUACACCCACUGGAUCAUCUCUUCUUGGUUCUUCGAGGACCCUGAAGACGAGGUUCUGCUUACUGAGAUCUAUGCCCGGGUCCGAGAGGCCGAGGAGCAAUCUGUCUCGGGACGGUGGAGAGCCUUGACGAGGUACCACGUUCAGCGAAUGAUGCGGGGUAACACACCAUCCCAUUCACCAUCUCCCGGUGUGGACGACCUCGUCAUCUACAUGGCGGACGCUCUUGUCAACGUCCUCCUCAUCUCCGGACUCAACCGCCGAUCACCAGUCACCGGACACCCUCUCUACACUCAUUCCCAAUUACACUCCCAAGUCACCUCCACCUUCUCCAACCAGCUCAACCAUAUCCUCUCAUACGCCAAGAAACUCAACAAGGCCGUUGGAGAGCGUGUGACGUCUUGUGAUUUGGAGGCGUUGUAUAUUGCUCCUGAUGUCAUUUUUAAUGGGACGACGAUGGAAGAUGCGAGUGCGGAUGGCGGCAAGUCGCCGAAUACGACGCCUACGAAGAACCCUGAGAAGGUGCUGUGUACGACGGAUUUGGGACUUGUGAGGGCGGAAAAGGUUCCUGCUACUAGGGGGGAGUGGCAUGAGUCGGUUUUGUUGAAGCCGAAGGUUAUUUUGGUUUCGGGGAUUAAGGAGCUGUUGGGUUCGUAG